AUGGGUGUUCAAAAUCCUAAUAAUUGGCACUGGGUCGAUAAAAAUUGCAUUAAGUGGUCUCGAGAGUAUUUUGAAAAAAGGCUUGUUGGACUAGAAGGCAAUGAAGGUGAAACGACAGUUAAGGUGACAGCAUUAAGAUCACUAGAAGGAGAUGCUGAAGUUUGUCAAAGAAAGGGUCGUGUUAUUUCCUUGUUUGAUCUGAAGUUGAUUCUUGCCUUUGAGAGUGAUACGGCUAAAGGUACCAUUCAUAUUCCAGAGGUUGCGUUUGACACAGAGCCUGAUGACUAUCAAUUCAAUCUAUCGUUUGAUAAGGAGGACGCUAAGACGAGACCUGUUUUGAGAGAGCGACUCAUUCCGAAAAUUCGGAAAGUUUUAGAGGAGUUUGGACCGACUUUGAUCCAUGUUAAUGGAUCGGAUAUUCAAGAAGAUGAGUCCAAAGUCAAGUCUACCUUCACGAAAGCCAAUCAAAGUAUGAGUUAUGUGAGACCAAAAGUUGUGGAAAGAACUACUAUCAAUAAGAGUGUGGUAAAGAAAGAUAGCAAUGAAUCAGUGCACAAAUCAGGUGUAAUUUCUGGUAGCACCCCCAAGUACAACACUACGUCACUUCAGUUUUCGUCCACUUUCAACACCUCAGCAGAGCAAUUAUAUAACACAUUGAUCCAACCGGAAAGAGUGGCACUAUGGACACGAUCCCAACCAGAUAUUAAGCCUGUAGAAGGGUCAGAGUUCCAUCUAUUUGGAGGCAACAUUGAAGGAAAGCUAGUGAAGUUGGUCUCCAAUAAGCAGAUUGUGAUGCUUUGGAGAAUCAGUGACUGGAAGCAAGGUCAUUACACCACCAUUACAAUCGAUCUUGAUGAGGGAGAUGGAGAGACUAAAAUGAGCUUUGACUUGCAAGGAGUCCCAAUUGGAGAGGAAGAAUUGGUUCAAGACAAUUUCCAAGAGAAGUAUAUCAGAACGAUUAAGAUGACAUUUGGGUUUGGUGCUGUGUUAUAA